AUAAAUAAAUUUAAUAUAUUUAUUUUUUAAUAUAAGAAGUGCGUGCAUGGCAUUGAAGACAAACAUGUAUAUAUAGGCUCCAUUGGAUUGACGUCCUCUUCAUCUUCUGUUCUGUUCAUCUGUCAAACUCUAGCCAGAAGUGAUUUUUUAUGAACUUUUAGAGAGUUUGGGAUGGCUUCAAAGCGAAUUAACAAGGAAUUGAAGGACUUGCAGAAGGACCCUCCAGUUUCCUGCAGUGCAGGUCCUGCUGGAGAUGACAUGUUUCAUUGGCAAGCAACGAUCAUGGGUCCAGCAGAUAGCCCUUAUGCUGGAGGUGUUUUCAUGGUAUCCAUACACUUUCCUCCUGAUUAUCCAUUCAAGCCUCCCAAGGUUUCCUUCAAGACAAAAGUUUAUCACCCAAACAUCAAUAGUAAUGGCAGUAUCUGCCUUGACAUUCUCAAGGAACAAUGGAGUCCUGCACUUACAGUUUCAAAGGUGUUACUGUCCAUAUGUUCACUGCUGACAGAUCCAAACCCUGAUGAUCCUUUGGUGCCUGAGAUUGCUCAUGUGUACAAGACUGAUAAAGCCAAGUAUGAGACUACAGCUCGAUCCUGGACACAGAAAUAUGCUAUGGGCUAGUAGCACUUUAUUUUCUUAUGGUAUAGUUGUUGGGGAUACAAGGGCGGAUCUUAUAGUUUUUCCAUUUGAUAGCAUAUGCAAGCUAGACAUUUAAAUAAUACCUGAGACGUUAGCUAUUUAAUUGGACAUUGUCUUUAAGAGUUAUAAGUCCAAUAGAUUCUUGAAUUUAUUUUUUCAAUGAUGAAAUUGCAGUAGAAUUAGUAUCCUACUGAAGCCAAUCUCUUGAAUGGCGUCAAUGGAAUUCAUUUACUGGAGCA